AGAUAUAUUCCUCAUGUAACCAGGAUAGAACUAAAAGUUCAAUAUUUUUAGCGAAAUUGCCAGAACUUUGACAAAUCAUAAUCGUUUCAAUAAAAAAUGCGACAUCUCUAGUUGACUGAAUUUAUCAUUUGCUCAAAGUUGCAUUAUGAUCUUACUCUGUUAACAAAUCUUCUGAUUUAUCAGUUUACAGCACCAGUUUGCAAACAACAUGAUUUUCCUCAACAGAGCUCGAAUUUUCAGCUUAGAACAUGUAAUGCCAUUCUCUCGGAUAAUUUCAAUUGUCAAUUAUUGAAAAUAAAUCCAAAUCUAGCUCAAUUGGCCGUUAAGCAUUAAAUAUUAAAUAAUAUUGAAUUUUUAUUGAGUUAUAUUAUUUAUGCAAUUGAUACAAUUCCCAGACAUUGCUGUUUUACCUAGAAAGUUGUCCCAGUGUUAAAAUUGGCGCUUCAGAUUUUGGUCAAAGGUGACUGGCCUAUUUUGCAACAAACAAUUGUUUCUUUAUCAGGAAUUUUUUAUUCCAGUUCAAACGUUGGACAAAGACUUUUUUACUUUUUAUAAAUUAGAUUGAUCAUUGUUUAGUUUAAUUUAACUGUGCUACUCAAAAAUGGCUGAGAGUGGUGAUCCAAAUAUCCUCAAUAUUAAAGUAAAAAUGUUUGAUGACAAGGAAUAUUUUAAUAUUCGCAUUGAUUGGUCUGAUGUUGAAUGCAAAACCAAACAGCAACAAGUAUUUCACCAGCUUGCAGCUUUCACAGGAAUACCAGUAAAAUACACUAUGAGCUUAACUUUUAAAACUAACCGUCCAAAUACGGACCGAUUGGUCAGUUAUUCCAACAUAGAAAUGAAUCCAACUGGACUCAGAUUGGCUCAUUCUGGUUAUGAUUAUUUCAAUAGAAACGUUUUUGAAAGCGUGAUACACGAAGGCGAUAGAUUUAUUCUGGAUACGUAUAUGGCAUGUUCCUACGACAAGCAUCUUUACAUUAGCUAUUUUUUAAUCGAUGAAAAUCUUUCAAGUGAAAAAGGAUGUACGAGGUUUCUGUGUCGCCACAAGACAUCAAGAGCCUUUACUAUGGCAAAAAUGAAAUUGAUUACUAGUGAAAAAAUGGCUGAACAAUUGCAAACGAUGCUUGUAAAUCCCGAAGCAAAUCUACCUUGGCCAGAACUGUGGGAUGAUGCUUUCAUCGAUUUGAAUAUUGCUCAAUAUCGGAAUCCUCUUUGCAUCUUUACAGAAGUUUAUUAUCGACCGCAACUUUAUCUAAGAAUGCGUGGCUAACUUAUUACCAGAUUACCAGAUGCCUAUGGAUUGACCAAGAUUUAUGUGAAGUUAAAUUUUGUUAAAAUUUAUCCAAUAAUAGACAUUUAAUAUUCAUUUUAGGGACAGUUUCGGCUAAGCUAAAAAAGGCUAUCGUAUUUUCAAUUUUUACACUUUCUCACACAAUCAUUUAAAUUUCAUGCAAUGCAACUGCGGGUGAACUGAAGUUUUUGUUAAACAAUACAAAGUAAAGAUGAAUACAAACAUUAUUUUUUAACAAUAUUUCUUCUUAAU